GCAUUUUUCUUGCGAAUCUGUCGCGUAUAUAAGCACAAUCUCCGUUCGAGUCAGACAUUAGUUUUGUGUUGUCCGUUUAACUAAAAGGAAAUCAUGAAGGCUUUUGUUGUGUGUAUGGUAAUGGUUGCCGUUGCUGAGGCCGGUUUCCUCUUCGGCGGUAGCAGUGGUGGCGGCGGCGGCUACUCAGGCGGCGGUGGAGGAUGGAACAACGGCGGCGGCUACUCAGGUGGUGGUGGUCACGGAGGUGGAGGAGCUCAAGUCAUUAAGGUCAUUCAUCAAGGCGGCGGUGGCGGCGGUGGCUAUAGCGGCGGUGGUGGACACGGCGGUGGCUGGCAAUCGGGCGGUGGAUACAGCGGCGGCGGCGGUCACAGCCAACCUGCUCAAGUCAUUAAAGUAAUCAAAGUAUCGUCUGGCGGACACGGCGGUGGUGGACACGGCGGCGGCUGGCAAUCGGGCGGCGGUGGUUACUCAGGUGGUGGUGGAUGGCAAUCAGGCGGCGGUGGAUAUUCAGGUGGACACGGAGGUGGACACGGAGGUGGACAUAGCAAAACCUAUAAAGUUUAUAGUAUUCCAAUUUCAUCUGGUCAUGGAGGUUAUUCAGGCGGUGGCGGCCACGGUGGAUGGUCCGGUUCGUCAUGGUAAAGAGACAAACGCCCGCUUUAAAUAAACAACCAACUAAUUUGUACAAAUUCAUUUGAAAAUAAAGCGAAUGAUUUGAACCGAAAUUCCAAAUAUA